AUGUUAUUUUUGGAUGCAUUCUUGAAGGGUCUGAAACCUCAGUUCGAUGAUGAUGCCAUCGAUCGUCUCAAUUAUUACUACACACCUUUACUACUUAUUAUUUUUGCAUUAACACUUAGCGCUAAACAAUAUGUUGGACAACCAAUUCAAUGUUGGAUUCCGGCCCAAUUUACCGGUGCUUGGGAACAAUACAGUGAAAAUUAUUGUUUCAUACAAAAUACUUACUUUUUACCACUGAAUCAUUAUAUUCCACGUGAUUUACAAGAGCGUGAAGAACGAGAAAUUGGUUACUACCAAUGGGUGCCAUUCAUAUUAGGCCUACAGGGCAUUUUAUUUUAUCUGCCAUGCCUGAUUUGGCGACUACUUAAUUGGCAAUCAGGAAUAGCCCUAAAAGGUAUUGUACUAAUGUCUCAGGACGUAAACAAUAUGCAAUCCGAUAAGCGUAAAGAUUCUGUGACUGUUGUAGCUACACAUAUUUAUGAUUCACUGAAAACACAACGAAAUUUGAUACGUAACAGUCCAAUAUCGUUCUUUUUACGUAAGGGAGCAUAUUUAACAAUACUGUAUAUGUCGGUGAAGUUUAUCUAUCUUGUGCAAGCUAUUACACAGUUUGUCUUAUUAAAUAAUUUCCUUGGUACCCAUUAUACAUUUUGGGGUUUCGAAAUCCUUCGUGAUUUGGCAAAUGGCCGCGAAUGGCAAGAAUCGGGACAUUUCCCGAGAGUAACUAUGUGUGAUUUCGAUGUUCGGGUACUGGGCAACAAACAUAGGCAUACUGUUCAAUGUGUUCUAAUGAUUAAUAUGUUCAAUGAAAAAGUGUAUUUGUUUUUGUGGUGGUGGAUACUGUUAGUGAUCGUAUCAACAAUGGCUUCCCUAAUAUAUUGGUACUGUAUGUCUUUCAUUGAAACCCAGCAAUAUUCGUUCAUUGCUCAGUACUUGGGUGUUUAUGGACUUUUGGACGGAGAAGCGCACAAUGUUUUGGAACAUUUUGUUAAUCGAUGUUUACGAAAAGAUGGCAUUUUCAUCCUUCGACUUAUAGCAGCAAAUGCGGGAGAUUUAAUUACAACCGAUAUUGUCGCAGCUUUAUGGAAGAAUUAUCUUGAUGAUGAAAAGAAACGUGCGGCCUUGUCACCAUCUUCACCACCGCCACCAACUUUAACUCACCCCGAAACGUCUAAGUUAGAUGAUGUUGAUGCUGGUGAUAGUUUUCGUGAAGAAUUUUACCACUAA